ACGAGGUGACUGCCAACCUUUUCUCCUGGUGAAUGGUGUCUUUAUUCUCUUAAGCCUGGGUUGUAAGUGAAUCUCCUCUUGCAAUGCAGAUGGAGGCAAAUAUGCCGUCCACGACUCCUGCACCCCCAGUCUGAGCUCAGGGGGCGAGAGUUCCCCCUGCAGCCUCACCGGACACAACUGGGAGAUGAAUUAUCAAGAGGCAGCAAUCUACCUCCAGGAAGGCGAGAAUAACGACAAGUUCUUCACCCACCCCAAGAAUGCCAGAGCGCUGGCGGCCUACCUCUUCGCGCAUAACCACCUCUUCUACCUGAUGGAGCUGUCCGCGGCCCUGCUCUUGCUGCUGCUGUCCCUGUGCGAGGCUCCGGCCGUGCCCGCGCUCCGGCUGGGCAUUUACGUCCACGCGACCCUGGAGCUGUUUGCCCUGAUGGUGGUCGUGUUUGAACUCUGCAUGAAGUUGCGGUGGCUGGGCCUUCACACCUUCAUCCGGCACAGACGGACCAUGGUCAAGACCUCUGUGCUGCUGGUGCAGUUCGUUGAGGCCAUCGUGGUGUUGGUACGGCAGACGUCCCACGUGCGGGUGACCCGGGCGCUGCGCUGCAUCUUCCUGGUGGACUGUCGGUACUGCGGUGGCGUCCGGCGCAACCUGCGCCAGAUCUUCCAGUCCCUGCCGCCCUUCAUGGACAUCCUCUCGCUGCUCCUCUUCUUCAUGAUCAUCUUCGCCAUCCUUGGUUUCUACUUGUUCUCCCCUAAUCCUUCAGACCCCUACUUCAGCACCCUGGAGAACAGCAUUGUCAGUCUGUUUGUCCUUCUGACCACUGCCAAUUUCCCAGAUGUGAUGAUGCCCUCCUACUCCCGGAACCCCUGGUCCUGCGUCUUCUUCAUCGUGUACCUCUCCAUCGAGCUGUACUUCAUCAUGAACCUGCUUCUGGCCGUGGUAUUCGACACCUUCAAUGACAUCGAGAAACACAAGUUCAAGUCUUUGCUGCUACACAAGCGAACCGCCAUCCAGCACGCCUACCGCCUGCUCAUCAGCCAACGGGGGCCUGCCGGCAUCUCCUACAGGCAGUUUGAAGGCCUGAUGCGCUUCUACAAGCCCCGGAUGAGCGCCGGGGAGCGCUAUCUCACGUUCAAGGCCCUGAAUCAGAGCAACUCGCCUCUGCUCAGCCUGAAGGACUUUCAAGACAUCUAUGAAGUUGCCGCCUUGAAGUGGAAGGCAAAGAGAAAUAGAGAGCACUGGUUUGAUGAGCUUCCCAGGACAACAUUCCUCAUCUUCAAAGGUAAGGUUGACCUGAAUAUGGCAGCUGGGGACGAAUGGAGUUUUCCGGUGACCACAGAUAAGCAUUUAAAGAACAUGUCCAGAGGGGGUGUGUGUGUGUGUGUGUGUGUGUGUGUGUGUGUGUGUGUGUGGCAGCUGGGGACGAAUGGAGUUUUCCAGUGACCACAGAUAAGCAUUUAAAGAACAUGUCCAGAGGGGUGUGUGUGUGUGUGUGUGUGUGUGUGUGUGUGUGUGUGUGUGUGUGUGUGUGCGCGCGCGCGCAUGCGAAAUGUCUAUGUGUGUAAAAGAGACAGAGUGUGAUGACCCCAGCAGGGAAAUAGUGUUGGAUUAGGAAAGAAAUCAGUAACAUAAAAACCAAACCAAAAAAAAUUUGUGGAAUAUUUAUUUAUUGAAGAAAAUUGAUACAAAGUCAAAUAAUUAGAAAAAAAUGAAAGUCUCCCACGCAGAGAUAACCACGGUUAAUUUUCUGAUGUGUUUCCUUCUGGUUAUUUUUCUGUGCAUUUAUAAAACAGUAGUGGGGAUUACAUUAUAUGUUCUGUUCUGAAACCUGCCUUUUUACCUAAUGAUGGAUUUUGACCUUCCUCCAGUGUCAGGAUAUAUAGCUAGUGUAUCUGAUCCCUUACAUAAUGCUUGCAUUGUAUAGAAUUGAAAAU